CGAUAACUAAUGUUGACUAAAAAAUAAUUAUUAAUCAGCCAUUUUGCCUAGUGAACUACCAAAUUUGUGGAUUUUCUAAUAAAAGUUUUUGUGUCAUUUUGAGGUGGAGCUCGGGCACCCCAAAAGAGGCAGCCUAUCCGCUGCACCGAAUUUUAAAAAGUUUUUGUUAAGAUAAUUAAAAGAAAAAUAAAGCUCUUAAUAUGACGGAGAAAAUUACUUUGGCUGAUGCCUUGUCUAAUGUGGAGGUUCUGGAUGAGUUGUCUCUACCCGAUGAGCAGCCCUGCAUUGAAGCCCAGCCAUGUUCGGUUAUAUACAAAGCAAAUUUCGAUACGAAUUUUGAAGAUCGCAAUGGGUUUGUGACUGGCAUAGCAAAAUACAUUGAAGAAGCUACAACUCAUGCCAAUUUGAACAUAUUGCUCGAUGAAGGCCAAAAGCAUUCGGUCAUGUUAUAUACUUGGCGAUGUUGUUCCCGGGCCAUUCCACAACCAAAAUCUAACGAACAGCCAAAUCGUGUGGAAAUUUAUGAGAAGACAGUGGAAGUCUUGGCACCGGAAGUGAAUAAGUUAUUAAACUUUAUGUACUUUCAAAGAAAGGCCAUAGAGGCUUUUUCGGGCGAAGUUAAACGCUUGUGUCAUACAGAGAAACGUAAAGAUUUUGUUUCCGAAGCCUAUCUGCUAACUUUGGGACGGUUCAUCAAUAUGUUUGCUGUCCUAGAUGAAUUGAAAAACAUGAAAUCCAGUGUAAAGAACGAUUACAGUACCUAUCGCCGGGCGGCUCAGUUUCUAAAGGUUAUGUCAGAUUCCCAUACACUACAAGAGUCACAGAAUUUGUCCAUGUUUUUGGCAACACAAAACAAGAUUCGCGAUACUGUCAAAGACACCUUGGAGAAGAUUAUGGGCUACGAAGAUCUUCUUUCGGAUGUUGUGAACAUUUGUGUGCACAUGUUUGAAACUAAAAUGUAUUUGACUCCCGAGGAGAAACACAUGUUGGUAAAGGUAAUGGGAUUCGGUCUCUUUCUAAUGGACAGUGACGCGUGCAACAUCAAUAAAUUGGACCAGAAAAAGAAAAUACGCUUAGAUCGUAUUGAUCGAAUUUUCAAGAAUUUAGAAGUGGUUCCCCUAUUUGGAGAUAUGCAAAUUGCUCCAUUCAAUUACAUUAAGCGAAGCAAACAUUACGAUCCCAGCAAAUGGCCUUUGUCGAGUUCAAAUGCUGCCAGUCCCCAGGCAGAUCUCAUGGUACAUUUGCCACAGAUACGUGAAGACCAUGUCAAAUACAUAUCGGAAUUGGCUCGUUAUACCAACGAGGUAACCACAACGGUUAAGGAGAAUCCUUCCGAUGCAGAGAAUAGGGCCACAUCCGAUUUGGCAUUACGUGGUCUACAACUAUUGUCAGAAUGGACAAGUGUCGUGACAGAAUUGUACUCAUGGAAGCUGUUGCAUCCUACUGAUCAUCAUCAGAAUAAGGAGUGUCCUGUAGAGGCAGAGGAAUACGAAAGAGCCACACGCUACAAUUACACAUCAGAGGAGAAAUUCGCACUGAUUGAGGUGAUUGCAAUGAUUAAGGGCUUGCAGGUUCUUAUGGCUCGCAUUGAAACUGUUCUUUGUGAGGCUAUACGUCGCAAUAUUUAUUCUGAGUUGCAAGAUUUUGUACAACUCACGCUGCGUGAGCCUUUAAGAAAGGCGGUUAAGAAUAAAAAGGAUCUUAUACGUAGUAUUAUCAUGUCGGUGAGAGAAACUGCUGCUGAUUGGCAAAAGGGUUUUGAGCCCACCGAUGAUCCCGUGAUUAAGGGUAAAAAGGAUCCCGACGGUGGUUUUCGCAUACAUGUACCACGUCUCAAUGUUGGCCCCUCUUCCACUCAGUUGUACAUGGUGCGCACCAUGUUGGAAUCAUUGAUAGCCGAUAAAUCAGGUGGCAAAAGGACACUGCGCAAAGACAUUGAUGGAAAUUGCCUAAUGCAAAUCGACACCUUUCACAAGACCUCCUUUUAUUGGAGUUACUUGUUGAAUUUCAGUGAUACUUUGCAGAAAUGCUGUGACCUUUCACAGUUGUGGUAUCGCGAAUUCUAUUUGGAGAUGACCAUGGGUCGUAAGGUGAACAAGUGCAUGGUCAGGCAUCAGCACAACGAGGAGUGCAAAGAUUUAAUAACAAUGGAAAAACGUAUUCAAUUUCCCAUUGAAAUGUCUAUGCCUUGGAUAUUGACGGAUCACAUAUUACAAACAAAGGAACCCUCAAUGAUGGAAUUUGUUUUAUAUCCCUUGGAUUUAUAUAACGAUUCGGCCCAUUAUGCAUUGACCGUCUUCCGUAAACAAUUUUUAUAUGAUGAAGUUGAGGCUGAAGUAAAUCUUUGCUUUGAUCAGUUCGUCUACAAAUUGAGUGAGCAAAUAUUUGCUCACUACAAACAAUUGGCCGGAAGCAUUUUCUUAGACAAACGUUUCCGCUUGGAGUGUGAAGUUUUGGGCUUUAACUUCCAAUCAUAUCCUCGAAAUAAUCGUUACGAAACUUUACUAAAGCAAAGACAUGUUCAAUUACUAGGACGGUCCAUUGAUUUGAACAAAUUAAUAACACAACGCAUAAAUGCGAAUAUGCACAAAAGUAUUGAAUUGGCCAUUAGUCGAUUUGAGGGUAAUGAUAUCACAGGCAUAGUGGAACUUGAGGGUCUAUUGGAAUGCAAUCGCAUCUGUCACAAAUUAUUAAGCAAAUACUUGGCUUUAGAUAAUUUCGAGUCAAUGGUAAAAGAAGCCAAUCACAAUGUUUUGGCACCUUAUGGACGCAUAACACUGCAUGUGUUUGUUGAAUUGAAUUAUGAUUUCUUGGUAAAUUAUUGCUACAAUGCAGCCACUAAUAGGUUUGUACGCAGUAAAGUGAAUUUGGCUUCGGCCCAGCAAAUGCAAAGGGAGAAACCUCCACAAAUGUCUCAUUACUAUUUGUGGGGUUCCAAGCAAUUAAAUGCUGCUUAUUCGACACAAUAUGGACAGUAUACAGGUUUUGUUGGAGCACCUCACUUUCAUGCUAUGUGCCGAUUGUUGGGCUAUCAAGGCAUUGCUGUUGUCAUGGACAUCAUACUCAAAGAUAUCGUUAAGCCUUUGAUACAAGGCUCUCUCUUGCAGUUUACCAAAACUCUUAUGAGUGCAAUGCCUAAAUCGUGUAAAUUACCACGUUGUGAAUAUGGUUCGCCGGGAGUGUUGAGCUAUUAUCAAGCUCAUCUCACCGAUAUUGUACAGUAUCCGGAUACAAAAACCGAACUGUUUCAAUCAUUCCGUGAAUUUGGCAAUUGCAUUAUAUUUUGUCUACUAAUUGAGCAGGCAUUGUCUCAGGAGGAAGUUUGUGACUUGUUGCAUGCUGCUUUAUUCCAAAAUAUCUUUCCUAGACCGUUUUGUAAAGAAAAUGAAAAACCGGAGGCAAAGCAAAAGCGUUUGGAGGCUCAAUUUGCCAAUUUACAAAUUGUCUCAAAUGUAGAGAAACUGGGCACAGCCAAGCAAGCCAUGAUUGCCCGUGAAGGCGAUUUGUUGACAAGAGAACGGUUAUGCUGUGGUCUUAGUAUUUUUGAAGUUAUUUUAAAUCGCAUUAAAAGCUAUUUAGAUGAUCCGGUCUGGACUGGUCCAGCACCUGCAAACGGUAUUAUACAUGUGGAUGAAUGCUCCGAAUUUCAUAGGCUGUGGUCAGCCUUACAAUUUGUAUAUUGUAUUCCUGUACGAGGAACAGAAUACACCAUCGAAGAAAUGUUUGGAGAAGGUCUCAACUGGGCUGGCUGUGCCAUGAUUGUAUUACUGGGGCAACAGCGGCGAUUUGAAGCUUUAGAUUUUUGCUAUCACAUCUUGAGGGUACAACGGGUGGAUGGCAAAGAUGAGGAUGUCAAAGGAAUUAAACUUAAACGUAUGGUGGAUCGCAUACGGCGCUUCCAGGUAUUAAAUUCACAAAUUUUUGCUGUUUUGAACAAAUAUUUAAAGGGCAGCGAUGUGGAGGGCUCGAAUGUAGAACAUGUGCGUUGCUUCCCUCCGCCGCAGCAUCCUUCGGUUAUAUCUUCACAUUAUCAGGAUCCCAAUAAACUGCGCCAAAGCAUGAACAAUUAAAACAAAUAACGCAGAUACUCACUUCCUUCAAUGAGCAGUGAGAGCAAUUGACAAAAUAUUUAAACCAACGUAUAAUGAUAUAUAGUUAAUAGAUUUAAUUAUAAACUAAAUUCUUCUUCUUAGCCAGUAUAUUAUUAGAUAUUCGUUUUUUGUUUUUUAUUUUAUUUUAUUUUUUCUUUAUAUAAGUACACAAAAACAUUCAAUGCAACAUCAAGUAUUUCAUUUCCAACUACAAGUAUUUGAAUAACUCUAUCGGCAUUUGAUUAAAAUUUAAGUGCAUCCUACUACCUGCAGACACAACGAUUCCUUUACAAUCACCACAACAAAACACCUGUAUGAAGAGGCCAAAGAUAAAAUUUCAUUUGUUUUUUUUUUUUUUGCUUUUUCCUAUCAAUUCGUUCUCGGUUUCUUUUUGGCUUUAAAAUGAAGAGAUCAAUUCUCUUGCCAUGUAUUCCAAAAAUACCUACCUAUCUAAUGGAAUAGAUUUAUCUUUCGCAAACACGAGGACACUAGAUAUACACAAAGACAUCCAAUAAUAGCACAAUAAAUAAAUGGAAUUGCA